UUUUUAACAGAAGGAUCCACUAUGGACAUCUGCCAAUCUACUCAUAAUUUAUUUGGGGUUCCAGCUGCCAUGGGAUUUUCUCAAAGCCUGCUAGAGAGGGUUCCAAGGACUGUUUCUCAGACUUCAGUGGUUAAAAACUAUAUUCAGAGACAUAUUUUUAUGCACACUAAUGAGAAAAGAAUGCCUUUAAAGAUGUGGACAUGCGGCUCCACAAACACAGCAAUACUCUGUAGUAGAUUGGAAGUCAAGAAAACAAGCUCAGACCUCAGCAAUAUACUCCAGGAUNUCACUGAGCAUGUGUCUGUCUCAUGUACUGGGGCCAAGUUUCCUACCUUGACAAAGUCAGAGUCUAACUAUGAGAUACUUUACAAUAGGGAAGGUUCUCUUUCUGGGGAGCAGAGUAAAAUUUCACCAUGUGGUUCAUCGACUCAGACUUCUGAGUCUCAGCAUUCCCUCAGGACAGGCUCUUUCUCCCAGUCCAAGACUGAUAUCUCAGAACAGCUCCAACUUCUAAAAGAACUACAGGGAAAAAUAGCAGGAAAACUCCUAAGUCAAAUACAGCACAAUAUCCCUCUUCCUCUAGCACCAGGUCUUGUCCUAAAGUAUCCCAUCUGCUUACAAUGUGGCCGAUGUUCAGGAUUUAAUUGCUGUCAUAAUUUACAGUCUGCUUUUGGGCCAUACCUUCUUAUCUACCCACAGCUCCACAUUUUAAGUACCCUUGAAGGCCAUGGUAGUGAAAUUCGGUUGGAUCUUGGAUUUAAAAUACAAAUAGAAAGACCCCAAGUUUCAAAGUAUGCAAGAAACAGAGCAGAUCCAUGGAAGGGUGCUGCAUCACCAUCACCAAGGAAAGCCAGACUCUCUACUCCAGCAUCCAAGAGUCCUAGAAGUGAUUUCCAGUCCAGUUCUUCCCCGUUUCCUACUUCUAUACAAGUCCACACUCAACAAAAGCAAUGGUGCAGCCAUAGUAUGGCAGGGAACACAACAGCCAAAGACUCUGUUCUGUCAGGGUCAUGCCUUAUCAGAGAGUGA